UAUCUGGUGUAACUUGAGGUAGGACCUUGCAUAACUUCGCAUGUGUGGUAGUAAUAGUAAGGAAAUCGGAACACUGUUACUGGCUCGCUGUGUGUACUGAUUGAUCUACAAACCCGCUGUCACCAUCGCCCGACCCUCAGCCUUCAAGUUUAACAAUUGUAUCGCAAGCGCCCCACCACGGGCCGCGCGGCUGGCGGCGGCUCGCGGCUGCCCGCGCAGGCGCACCAUCACUCUGCGCACGCGCGCUGAGCUUACGCGCGUCGUCUGUGUAAUAUGCGUCGGUGGUGACAAGUGCCAGUGUUGUGUACGAAAAUAUUUCUGUACAAAGACCGUGAUCUGUGCUUAUAUUGCAAACAUGAGGUCCUUCGGCGCUGCGGCGCUAUUUACCCUAGCUAUAAUAACAGAAUGCUUCGGCGCUCACUCAGACCGGUCGCGGUCCCGUUCCGGCCCGGUUCGCAGCGUGCCAGUGGCGGCUGACGUCAAACGGGACGUGGACUUCGACUGCCCCGAAGAGUUCGGUUACUACCCCCACCCCACCGACUGCACUUUGUACUACGUUUGCGUGUUUGGCGGCGCACUACUCGAGUCAUGUACUGGUGGCCUUAUGUACAGCCACGAGCUCCAAACUUGCGAUUGGCCGCGCAACGUAGGCUGUGACGGCACCAGCGCGGUUGGCGGUGAAGAGCUGGAGAGGGUCAACGAGCGCGAUCCUCCUCCACCUCCCCCGCCGCCACCCCGCCGCACGCCGCCUCCCCCGCCGCCGCGUGCCCAGCCCAACCCCAUUGUCACCUCCAGAGGACAACCCAAAUAUAGCCGACAAGAGUAUGAAAAGCAACAACAACUUUACGCAGAAGUUGACGAUCUACCACCAGUUGAGGAAAUUGAAAGCGACAGACAACAGCGCGUUUAUCGAGGACAACCUCCUACAAUAGGCCAGGUUCAAAAGGACAGAGAUGGCUACGGUGGCCAGGCUAUCAGCUCCGGAAGAACUCUUAACUCCAAUAUCAUACCCGCAUCUCUGCCUCAAAACGGUGUUAAAAUCGGCUCAUUUUCAUUCGGCUCCCAAGUCGACGACAGACGUACAGCCACUGUCACUCCAGCGCCACAAUCUUACAGUGAAGACAAAAGUGACAUCGUGACUGACUCUUCUAUUGACAGACAAUUAGACGUUGAGACGAAUGAAAUCAUUACUAAUGACGUAACUGAAAAACCCAUCGUAAGAAGGAAAAGGGAAGCGGUAGGCAAUGAUUUAGGAGUUAAUGAAACUGCUACUACUAUAAAACCCCAAGAAAUGUCUAAACGAAGUGAUAGUGGCGAGGAAAUGGAAUAUGUAGAAAUGACAACUGACGCUAGUCUUGAAGACGAAGGUGAUUCGUCACUGGAUGAAACAGAAAGAGGAAAAAGACAAGUUAGAUACUUUUUGAAAAAUGGAUACAAAUCCCCUGGGAAGAACUGGGCUUAUGUGAAACCCGUUAAAAUAAUUGAAUUCCCACAAUCACAUUACGUUUCUAAUGGAAAUAAUGUCCGAUACCAGGCGGCUUUUAAUAAUCUAAAUAAUAAUAAUUAUUACGAUGAUCCUCGCCGUCCUCACAAUCAAAAUGGCAACUACUAUUCCGUAGCUAAUCCCUUUUUAACAUUCCAAACUGCCAAUGCUAAUCAACAAACACCAUUUAAAGCAAGCUUACCUGAUCCAUCUAGUCAACAACUGGCUCAUAACCCUUUAAAUGCUGCAACACAAAUAAUUACUAAAAGUCCACCUAUAUCAGCUUUGAAUAACGGCCAGUUUACCUCUCUAGCUGGAGGUUUCUACAAUAACAAUAAUAAACCAAAUAAUGUUCAAUACGUAUUCCAAUCUUCAACGCCGUCAUCAUUGAGCCAUAGUAAUAAUCCCAUAUCUUUUCCUGACUCGUCCCAUGUUCCUAGUACUAUUGUUACUGGAAGACCUGUCCCAGUGCCAACGUCACCUCGUACUCAAGAAAAAUAUAGGAAUCACGAACAGGAAAAGAGUAAAUAUCAGAACCAGAACCAGCACUUAGUUCAAAAUAAUCAACAACCAAUAAGAAAUGGUAAGGCCCCACAAAACAAUAGUCAUGAUAGACCAUCGAGUGAGAAGGAUUAUGAAGAUGAAUCUGGUUCUAAUGAAGAAGAAUCUUCAGAAGAAGAGGAAAAUGAAGAUGAUAAUGACAACCAUAAUGACGAUUUUAAACCACCUUAUGAAUUCACACACCCAAGCUAUAAGUACAAAGAUAUAGAAAAUCCGUUUGCUAGCCCUAAUUUUGAUUUUGAUGCGUAUUUGACCAAAUUGAGUAAUGGCCAGUACACUACUAGAAAACCAAAUAACAACCCAAGACCUGCAGGAAUAUCGAAUCCGUCUAUCGAGGUAUCAACAGCAUCGCCACAUGGAAAUCGGGUGCAAAGCUCUACAGUUAGUUAUAAUGGUAUGAGUACUCCAAAACCUUUUACAUUGCCUUCUGAUACUGGAAACUCAGGUCCCGUAGUUAAUAUAAGACCAUCUGGUGCACCAAUGAAACAAUUUCCAUCAAAUGAGCAAGUUAUUCAGAGACCAGAACCGGCUAGACCAAAUCAACAGCAACAACAGCAGCAGCAGCAGCAGCAAUAUCAGCAACUACAGCAACAAUCUUAUAACGAUAACGUAUAUGUUCGUCAACAAACAGCUGGAACACCUUUAGAUGGCGUCAGACCAAAGCUGAAACCACCGAAUUUCAAAGACGACCGACAGUUACCAAUUAGCUAUAGUUUUAGUAGACCUAUAAGUAGUACCGGUAAACCUAAUUAUGACGAAAAACCUAAGGGAGAUUUACGUCACACAUAUUCUGCUAGUCCAAAACCAUACGUGUUGAUCACUGGGACAGGAUCACCUGUGAUAUUUUCAACUGCAAAGCCACAAUACGUAUUGAAACCUGAAAAGAUAUUGGCACUGCAUCCGCAGGUUGGGACCGCAAAACCGUAUCUAGUUUCGUCAAUUAAACCUCAUCAAGCGUACAUAGCAUUCAAACACUCUACCCCUAAACCCGUAACGACACUAGCGAAUGAGCAGCUUUCAACUUUACAACAAUACUGGAAACAUCCUUCAACAGAGACUGUUCCCAUGCGCGUUGUAUCCUUCAAAUCAAGCACUCCGGCAAGUGUACUUAAGCUUGAGAAUUUGUUUUCCCAAGCAAUCAAGCCCUCUCAAUCACCGGUGAAAAAUUACAGCCCUUAUCACAACUCAGGUAAUGUUCAAAACAAUAACGUCGUAACUACUACUACUAGGGCUCCUCCUAAACGAAGACCGAUCCCAAAACCAUCCCCGGAAAUGAAUGAUUAUUAUUACGAUGAAGAUGAAGAGCAAUAUUACUACGAGCCUGCAGUGAAACCAAAAUAUAUGCCGAGUACUGAGGUAAAACCACAACGACCACAGAUGGCUCAGAACUACAAAGAGUACGAAGACACUUAUGAAGACGUAUCUGACUUCGUAAAUUCUAAGCCUCAGCCACAAAAGACACCUGUGAAAUACCACAAUCAUAAACCAGAAAGUGCCACUAAAAACCAUAACGAUGUGUCAGUAGUUACAAAAGCUCCCUUAAAAGAUUUUAACAAAAAUGUCAAUGGGAAAAUUCCCAUACCUGUGCUGGUAGACUACGGUACCCCUACGCCAAAUACCCUUAUGCGUCCUGAAGUUUCAAACUAUCAGAUUAUUCAUCAUAUGCCUAAAAAUCGAACUGUUAUGCAUAUUAGAAGACCCGUUCAUGAAAAUGGACCAAACACUAUUAAACCACCAAAAUAUUUGAAUCAAACGACUUUGCGUCCCUAUACUGUAAGACAUAGGUUAGCUAAGCCGACUACUCAAAAAGAUCUUACUCAAAACGACGACAAGCAAGUACGAGGGAGAGUAAGACAUCCGAAUAUUGUCGCACAAAUGAAACUGACAACUCCUCGUGAUAACACCAACCAAGAGACUAGAUUCACAAAGACUAAACAUGACGAUAAAACAAACAGCUUGGAACCGACGGAAAGUGUAACCCCCGUAUCCUAUUCUGCCAACCCUCGGCCUAAGAUGCUGUACAAUGGAUCUCAGAACUACAGUCCUGACCAAUACGACCCGUUCUACGCUGUGUACGACGAAGAUGGUGAACUGUACAAAGAUACAGACUAUGUUCAGCAAUAUAACACGGCCUCGCUCCGACCAGCUGUGCAGCAGACGUACCGAGGUACCCCCCCUCCCGCACCGGCCCGCCGACCCGUAGAGACCUACACGCCGAGACCAGCACCUGUCGACUAUGAUGACGAGCUCAUACAACCACAGAUUAACAACCAGAACCAAUACCAAACACCCGUCCGCCAUUCCACAAGGGGCGAAGGUAAUGAAUUGGGAUAUGAUCAUAUUCCGAGCAGCGUGAGGACAACUUUGUAUGAAGCCACCACUUAUAGCACUACUCCUCCCACUACUACUAGCACGAGCACGACCACGACCACACAACGUCCUACUACAGCACCCUACACUGAAGCAAUGACCCCGUCUCGAUAUACCCCAAGAUCAUCCACAGAUGAAAGUCCAAUUCCUGAAUCCUCUUCAAAGCCUUCAGACGAAACUACAUCGUCGAUCCCAUCCACACCAUUACCUUCCAUAAACAUUUCUUCCCUUGCCAAACCCUUUGAAAGGACUGACAAUUUACAUAGGUUACAAGACACGAUAUCAACGACUGAAACGCUUCCGACUGCUUAUAGACGUUCUUCUGAAGUGACUAACAAUAAUAACGUGGAAGUGGUGAGGUCCAAGUCGAAUGGUAAUAAUAAUAAAAAAGUUGUAUCACUAACAUCUGGUUUUUCUAUCCGUCGUUCAAAUAAUACCAACAAUCCGUAUACGUUAACAGUUUUAUCGCGGCCUUUAGAAGAUUUUGAUAACGCACGUAAGCCGAAUAGUCGAGGUAGCAGUAGGCACGUACAAUCUAAAACCUAUUAUUAUGAUACUAGUAGCAAUAGUCGGGAUACUUCUGAAGAACCAGUUUAUGAAACUAGUAGUAAAUACGAUUCGUCGUCUGACAGGUCAAUGCGUAGAAAUGACUUUGGUCCUGAUGAUAGUGAAGAUGAUGAUGAUAUACCUGUUUACGUGCGUCCCACAAGUAGAGCGAGGACUGUAAAACCUAGGAUUAGGACAACAACAUCUACCUCAACUAAGUAUUAUAUAAAAUCUGUCAAUACGCGACCAACUCCAUUUGCAUCAGCAAACAAUCAAGAAAUCGUUGAUUCUACGGAAAACAUUAUUAACACUGAAGCUUUGAUCGAGGCUGGAUUACAAAACGCCCAUAGUAAUGAAGUAUCUAGUGUUGCUCCAAACGAUACUUUAGAAGAGCAACCAUCGACAAGUGAAUAUGACAAAUCGCAAUACACUUGGAACGAACCAGCCGUUUCACCUUUCAAAACAUUAGACAAUUUACGCAAUACAUAUAAAACCACAGAUGCCACAAAUACACGCAGUUAUACUACCUCAACUACAUCUACAACAGUAUCCACUACGACUACUCGUAAACCCAGUCGGAAUCGCAAUACGAAGAAAGAAAAGAAUUCCCGUUCUAAGCCAUCUUAUUACAGCUACCGAUUAGAAGAUGAAGUAGUCCCAGACCAAACAACAGAAAUUUUUAAUGGUAAAGUAAAAACAGUUAUAAAAGCAUUUUUGAAUAAUUUUGUAAGUUCUCCAGCGCCGCAGUUAGUGGAAGAAUUUUCAUCAACUACUACUACACCUAAACCUACAACACCUUUACAAAGAGACGAUGAUGAAGUUGUUAAUAUAGGCUAUCAGAAAAAACCGUUGAAGUUUGUUGAUGAAAAACCUUUACGCAGUAACCUUAAACAUAUUAAAAUUAUAACUGAGCCUAGUGUUAAUAGGUAUGUAAGUCCAAGUAUAGAGACCAUCAGCGAAAGUGAGAACGAGAGUGAAGAUAAAGAUUUUCCAUCAACGACUACAACUAUGGCUACGAUGAGUAGUACACCAUUUACUUAUGCAAACUUACCAACAUCUUCUACAACAAUACAAAGUUCAACAAAUGGAUUUAGAAAUCAACCAAUUAAUAGGGACUCUUACCAAUCUAAAUUUAGUAGUCUAGUAACAAGUAAACCAACUAAUGAAGGCUCGCGAAAGUUCCAAAACAUUAUCAACGAUGUUCCGACUACGGAACCUACUGUAGAAGAUGUAGAGAUACCUGACGAAGUUGAAGUUGUAAAACCGACCCUCUCUAUUACGGACGACUUUAAAAUUACGCCUGAGGCCGAAAACCACAGAAUUAACAAAGUCGAAAGUGAAAUUGCAUCGACGACAAGUACUACGAAAUCGACCACGACUUUCAAAUUCGAACCGACGACCUCGACGACUAAAAGUAUUUCCUUUCCGACGCGAGCGUCACGAGUCAAUCCCGCCAUAAAGUUAGCCGCGACAAACCCUGGAGGUGGGCGCAGGAGUUACCAAUCGUCGUCCAAAUGCUCAUCAGACAACAGUCUGCAAGCGAAUCCAAAAUGCAACGAAAUCAAAUACCAGAGGCCUACGAGUACACGAGGCCGUGGUUCAGCACACUAUUCGACGUCGAGCGACGCGCAGUCACAGCCAGCCCCCAACAGAGGAACACCACCAACUCGCAGCCGCCCAACAUUGAAACCUUCAACGGCCAUCGUUUCCAAGACUACCGAAUUUGUCGACAUCUACGCUAAUCCUCCGAGCCGGUCUGCGCCUGUGUAUCCUCAACCUACACCUGACAAAACAGCUGCUAAAUGCCGAAAGGACGUCUGCCUUCUACCCGACUGCUACUGUGGAGGAAAGGAAAUACCUGGAGACUUACCGGUGGAGCAGGUGCCACAGAUUGUUCUACUGACCUUCGACGACUCUGUAAACGACUUGAACAAGGGUCUGUACGCUGACCUGUUUGAGAAGGGACGUGUCAACCCUAACGGUUGCCCGAUCUCCGCCACAUUUUACGUGUCCCACGAAUGGACCGAUUACAGUCAAGUACAGAACCUUUACGCCGCUGGACACGAGAUGGCCUCACACACAAUUUCCCAUAGUUUUGGAGAGCAAUUCUCCCAAAAGAAAUGGUACAGAGAAGUAGGUGGCCAACGAGAAAUCCUAUCAGCGUACGGUGGAGUCAAGUUGGAGGAUGUCAGAGGCAUGAGAGCGCCUUUCCUUUCCGUCGGAGGCAACAAGAUGUUUAAAAUGUUGUACGAUGCUAACUUUACCUACGAUUCUUCACUACCCGUAUACGAAAACAGACCACCAAGCUGGCCCUAUACUUUGGACUACAAAUUGUUCCACGACUGCAUGAUACCGCCUUGCCCAACCAAAUCUUACCCAGGUGUAUGGGAAGUUCCUAUGGUGAUGUGGCAAGAUCUGAACGGAGGCCGUUGCUCCAUGGGUGACGCUUGUGCCAACCCUCCGGAACCUGAAAAUGUUUACAAGAUGAUCUUGAAGAACUUUGACAGACAUUACACUACAAAUAGGGCUCCCUUCGGUCUCUUCUAUCACGCUGCGUGGUUCACCCAACCGCACCACAAAGAAGGCUUCAUCAUGUUCUUGGACUUCAUCAACCGUAUGCCCGACGUAUGGAUCGUUACCAACUGGCAGGCGUUGCAGUGGGUCAGAGACCCCACGCCUAUCAACAGACUCAACAACUUCCAGCCAUUCCAGUGCAACUACCAGGAUCGGCCGAAGAAAUGCAACAACCCUAAGGUCUGCAACCUGUGGCACAAGUCUGGAGUCAGAUAUAUGAGGACGUGUCAACCUUGUCCCGAAGUCUACCCCUGGACAGGCAAAUCCGGCAUCAAAUCUUCACGCAUAGACAAUGACAUCGGAGAAUAAGCAGAACAGUUACUAUAGUAUAAAUUUAUCCUAACGACCCUCGAUAUUUCAAUAGAUUUUGAUACAUCAAAUGUAUCAAGCCGACGAGGCAAGAAAGGUUUUGCUUGUGUAGUUCACAGUAGAAAUUGUUUUGUCACCAACAGAAGAGUGCCAUUUAGAUAUGAUGGUCACAAAGCAAACUAUGACAAUUUCAUAUCAACAGACAUUUUGAUUAUAUAAUUCUCUUAUUAAAAUACGUCCUAAAUGUAUUGGAAACUGUGAUAUUAAGUGUUUUCAAUCGUCUAGUGUGAAGAUUACGUCGAUUUUGUUAGUGUUAAUUGCAUGUACUACAGGCAACAAUACUCGUGCAAUGUUUUUGCGAUAAGAUUUCCUAUUUUGUGUUCGAUUUAGUUUAUGAUACUCUAUAAAUUAAUGAAGACAUGUAGAUACAUGUUUUAUCUCAUCGUGAUAAUCAAGUUACAUUUCUCAGUAUUUGUCCCUUUGAGGUUGCAUACAUCCUAAAAAUGAUUACCAUUUUCCGAAUAAUUUUAAACGAAAGCCAUAUUAAAAUUUAGAAAAUAUGUUUUUCUAAUCUUGCCAGCUUCGUGGUUGACACUGCCUUUUGAUAAUUUGUAAAUAUAGAUGUAGUUGGUAGUGAGUAAUGUUAGGUUAGGGUGGUAUUGUACGGGUGCGUUCUAGAACAAUUGUAUUUAAAUUUUGAGAAGGAAUCUUAAAUUGAUGAAUCAAUUAUUUUUGAUGAAAACAAGUUUUUAGCAUUGUGUAGACGUCUGUCCACAUCGCAUUUGAGUUUACAUGUGAUGUUGCACAUGUCUAUACAACUGUUUUUCCCUUUUGGAACGGACAACAAUACCUUUUACUUCUAAAGUAGGCGAAUUCCCGUUUGAGUCAUAAAUUCUGUAUUUCUAUCUUCUUGCCUAAUCUCUUCAUCUUUAAUUGCUUUCGUAAUGACUCCAACGUUAAUUCACUUUAUAUACUCUAUUAGAAUAAAUGCUUUGGUCUGCUAUUGCAACUAAAGAUAUUGGAAGCGCUUGCUACGAAUCUUAUUUAAAAGUUAUUCAUUAUUUAAUAGGUCUUAUUGUAAAUAUAGGAUUAGUAUUUAAAAUUGGUAGUUUCACUUUUUUACUCUUGUCUCGGCUAGAACAAUGACUUUCGGACAUGACUAAGCACUGAGAUCUUUUAGUGUUAAAUGUUUAGAACAAAUUAUUUUCAUACUUUUUAUCGGCAACGUUAUUUAUAUUGUACAAGAACUGUAACGAUUUUGUGAUCAGUGCUGAUUAAUAAAACUUUAUAAAUA